AUGGCAACACAUGGGAUAGCCGUCUCCAACCUGGACGUCGAGAGCAAGCUGAGCGUGUACUACCGCGCACCGUGGCACCCGCAGAGAAACAUCUUCCUUCCAGCCACCAGGCCGCCCUGCGUGGAGGAACUACACCGCCACGCCCGGCAGAGCCUGCAAGCCCUGCGCAGAGAACACCGGAGCCGGAGUGAUCGACGGGAGCAGAGAGCUGCUGCUCCCCUUUCCGUAGCUGCUCCCCCACUGCCUGCCUACCCCCCAGCCCACAGCCAGAGGAGGCGCGAAGUUAAGGACCGGCACUUCUUAACGGUGAGCUCGAUGGCCAGGCGGCAGCCCUGUACCUGCUUGGCAGGGAGUAUGAGUGAGUCUUGGGAGUCCGUUUCCCUCCUACUGAGGGAAACUGGAUGCCUGAAAGAGUUAAUCGCGGGCAUUUGAAAACUGCUUUUUUUUUUUUUUUCCCAUUUCAGUCCUGAAAGGAAUCCCUCUUUUUGGGGGGAAGAGAGCAGGAAUACAGAUUUUUUUAAGUUAAUUGGCUGUGCAAUGUAGUAAAGCAAUAAUAGUUAAGGACUCUAGUAUCAGGGGAAUUAGGAGUAUGGGAUUAAGAGAUACAUGCUACUACAUAUAAAAUAGAUA